UGGGUCCCAAACCUAUUUAGUUAAACAGCAGAGUUACCAAGAAGAGCUGGAAACACCUGAUGGUCUCUGUGGGACAAUCCGCUCCAUAUAACUCUCCUCUUACGUGUCGGAAGAUAAAUCUACCUCCAGGCUUACUUUUUGAGUUUUCGUUGUGUUUUCUCUUCUGAAAAAGUUACAGAGCCAGUUUAUCUCUCAUUUCUUCUCUUCAUCCAAAGAAUUACUGAUAAGGAGACAUUGCACUAUUCUUUUUCUAUUGUUCGCUAUUUAUUGUAUUUUGCACUAACGAUGCACACCACGCAAAAGGACACGACCUAUACGAAGAUUUUUGUCGGGGGUCUUCCCUACCACACCACGGAUUCAAGUCUCAGGAAAUAUUUUGAGGUGUUUGGUGAGAUCGAAGAAGCGGUAGUCAUUACCGACAGACAGACCGGCAAGUCUAGGGGUUAUGGAUUCGUGACGAUGGCGGACCGCUCGGCCGCAGACCGGGCCUGUAAGGACCCCAACCCAAUUAUUGACGGCAGGAAGGCCAACGUCAACCUGGCCUACCUGGGGGCCAAGCCACGGGUGAUGCAGCCAGGUUUCACCUUUGGUGUUCCCCAAAUUCAUCCUGCAUUCAUCCAAAGGCCUUAUGGCAUCCCGGCCCACUACGUGUACCCUCAGGCCUUCGUUCAGCCCAGUGUGGUCAUCCCUCAUGUGCAACCUACCGCGGCUGCACCUGCCACCGCUUCCUCCCCCUACAUCGACUACACCGGAGCUGCCUACGCGCAGUAUUCUGCAGCCGCAGCCAACGCUGCCGCUGCAUAUGAGCAGUAUCCCUACGCUGCAUCCCCUGCCGCUGCAGGCUACUUAGCUACUGCCGGCUACGGCUAUGCAGUUCAGCAGCCUUUAGCCACGGCUGCCCCAGGCUCAGCCGCCGCUGCAGCUGCAGCCUUUGGUCAGUACCAGCCUCAGCAGCUGCAAGCCGAUCGCAUGCAAUAGCAGUCACUGCAACCACUGGACAUGCAGAUAGAGGAGACCUGCACCCAGCCACAGCUGAUAGGUCAGAAGGAGCAGCGAAGGAAAAGGAAGAGGGAGUGGCCUUAAGGGUGGGUGUGUCAGCAACUUAGAGGCAGAGUUGCUUUAAAAAGGUGAUGAUGAUGAUGAUGAUGAUGAUGAUGAUGGUGGUGAUGAUGAUGAUGAUGAUGAUGAUGAUGAUGAUGGUGGUGAUGGUAGUGAUGAUGGUGAGGUGGGAACCCUUUACAGUAACUUUCCAACUUGCUGUGCUUCAACCAAAAAACGAGAAAAUGAAAAAAAGUCGCAGAACAAAUAAUGGAAAGUGAUAUGCUAUUAUUGUUGUUGUUAUUACUAUUAUUAUUAUCAUUACUAUUAUUAUUGUAGUAGAGUACUUAUUUCUAGAGAAGAAAAGCAGGAACUAAUCCCUGUGGUUGGUAUAGAUGUUAAACUAAGCCUUUAAGUCCUAUUGCUGUCUUUAACGUUAGUUAAGGAGACUGUUCUCUCAUUUUUUUUUUCAGUUAUUUGAUGCCCUCAUAACGUUUAUAUUUAUUAUUGUUAUUAUUACAAAUUGGGGGCUGUUAUUGUUCUUUUUGUCUUUGCAAGUGCAGUUUUUGAGUUAAUAAUUUCUGAUAAUCAGGGAAAUGGAACCGUUUCCAACGUGUUAGCUAUUAUUAUGUGACCUCUGUUGGGAAGUCGAGGAGUCGUAACUUGUCGUGUCACACAUAUUUGAAGAACUACCUUUUUAUCUUCCUGAUGCUGAAUGUCCCUUUUUUACAUUAUGUCUUGACCUUUUGACCUAUGCAAACAAAUCACCAGGAGACAAAAAACAACAUAGAAAAGAAACUGAAAAUGUCAUCAACUCUGACUUGAUUCUUGGACUAAAGGGGGACUUGGCAAACAAAACAAACGCACUGACAAAAGGAAAGAGGUUGAAAAUGGCUUCAGACAAUGAGAAACACUAAAUCAGUCCCUUUUCCACAUGUUUCACCUACACAGACGCAUGCAUCCAGAGUUGCACACAUAGCAGUCAAAGACAAAGGCAGCACAGUUGUGUUUCUCUCUGACUCUGGGAUGGAGAGAAAGAAAAAGAGGGAGAGAGCAGCUGCUGGUGGGGGUGGACAGAGCCGCUCCAGCGCCACACAGACGGAUCACUCUGGAAAGAACGCAUCACUUGUGCUCGUUUGUUGAGCUGUCACAUUUUAAUCCCUGGCCAGGCCCAUUUGGGAACCAACUUCACAGCCCUACACCCAACUCAACAGGGUAACAGAGCCCCAGAGCAGAGCACCCACCCCCACCCCCACCCUCCCAGUCAGGCAGCCCUGCAGCUGUCAGCACUUCCACCUCCGUGCUGCUGUAGUCUGGUGUCAGGUACACACUCACAAACACACACACUUUCAACCAAAGCCACCCCAACAACUGGUCUGCCUCAUGUCUGUCAAAAUCACCAGGUGGGGUGAGGGAGAACGGGGGUUUGACUCUUUGAUGUAAUGUUGGUCUGUGUGCCUAGAUUUUUACUGCUAUUUAAGUGAGAAAAAAAACAGAAAAAAGAGAAUUCUACUAUUUAAGAUAUUUAUUUUUGGGGGUUGACUAUGUUGACGCUCUGAGAGUAGAGACUUAGUGGCGGUACUGUAUUAAUAAUAUUAUGUACUCAUCUCAAGGCAUAUAUAAGUUAUUGAUUAGUUUUAGUAAUAAUAGUACUAUAAUAAUUAUUAUUAACAUACUCAACCAAAAAUGACAAUGUAGGAGUUAUUUAAGAUACUGUUAUGUGCACUGUACUUUUAUUUUUUUUGUCUUUUUGAUUCUUUAGAACAUGACAUUAAAUAUUAGCUCAAUGCCUUUUGUAGGGAAGAAACUUUAUUUAAAUGCAGGCCUGUUUGCAUGCAGAUUGUAAUCUGCCUCUUCUGUGUUCAGAUGAGAGGAUAAAAAUAAUAAUAAUUUCACAAAAAACAAGCGAAAAUGCUGCUUUCUCCACUAGAAUGUAUAGUUGUCGUCAAGGUUUCAGUAGCUGUGCUUCUUUUGCUUAAUAUUCAUCAGAUGGGCUAUUUUACACUGUUGGGAAUUUUUAUACUUGAAUUAUUUCUUACAAGGGAAAUAUGAAAAAAAAGACAAAAAAACUUUUGAAGAAAGCUUUUCAUGGUCACUGGAUGAAGGCAAGUGUUUGUAGUUAAUGCAAAGGUCCUGUUGAUAUUAAAACCUUUACUUCAGAAUUUCAACACCAUUUACUUCUAAUUGGAAUAAAAUAUUCUAUAUUUAAAA